AUGGAGGUAAUCCAAAAGCAUAAUAUACCCAGAGUGGUAUUCAAUACUUACUGUGCAUUUGGACUGAGUGUCAUGCGUUCUGCAUGGCUGUCUGCAUCGCACAAUGCAUUUGAAGAAGGGGGAGAGAGUAUAGUUCUGAGCUUGGAUCUGCCCGCUCCUCUCAAAUUUCACAAACAUGAGAUAGACCCCAAUUUGUUCGACCCCAUCAUGCUCCAGUUUUUAGGACGUUUACAGUCGCUCAAUGAAAGUUGUGGAAUGUUGAUCAAUACAUUUGAGCAGUUAGAGCUUGAAUAUCUCCAACACUUGAGGAAACAAAUAGGGAAGGUGUGGUCCGUAGGGCCCGCGCUCCCACCAAGUUCUUCUGGUAGGGCCUCUUGGGGAAAAAUGGCAGACAUUGGUGAAGAGCAGUUGCUACAAUGGUUGGAAUCUCAGAACCCAAGCUUAGUUGUGUAUAUAUCCUUUGGAAGUCAAACCUUUUUAUCCGAAGAGCAAAGCAAGGUGUUAGUGUGUGGUCUGGAAAGCAGGGAGCAGCCCUUCAUUUGGGCUAUCAAAGUGUCCCCAAAGAUAGAACUGCUCUUAUCUGACACACCACUAGAUCUGUCUCGCACUUGUCUUCCCGAGGGCUUCCAUGAGCACACGAAGAAUAGAUGGCUUGGGCACUGCAGCUUCUUAUUCUCUCACAUCCAUCUAUGGGUGCUUUCAUGA